AUGGCAGAGACCAGGUAUAGCACAGUCUUCCUCACACUGGAGUCAAUCCAGUCAGUCCAUGGAGAGCUGCAGGAGCUUCUUCAGAGCCGUGGUGAGAGCACGCGAUUGCGCAAUGUCUCCCCAGAUGUUCUAGCCUUCCUUGUGGAAUUUCUGCGCCCAUUUAGCGAUGCGCAAAAGGAGCUAGAAGGGGACAAAUACCCAACACUGCACCUUGUCGUGCUCUGGGCCAACAAGCUGAAAAGCCACUGCCAACCAGACGUGGCUGAUACUCCUUCCCAGGCUGUCAUUCGCCGACGACACCUUGACUGGUUAAUGAAAAAAAUCCAAAUCCAGCCAGUUCAUAAAAUUGCCAUCUUCCUAUGGCCUAAGUUCAACCAACUACGAAUGUUUACUCUCGCUGAGAGGAGCGACAUCCAGCAACAGGUCAGAAUCCAGAUAAACCGCUUCAGGGAGGGAGAGGAUGCACGUCGGCAGGAGCAGUCUACACAAUCAGGGUCAGGUGCAGUAGCAGCAGCUGCUGGUCCCGCACCAAAGAGGAGAGCACUGGCGGAGUUUGAGGACGCGUGGGAAAAUGUCAGAGUGGACAACGAAGAUACUGAUGAAAUCCAGGUCUACCUCAGCCUCAACCCCACCAUGGAAGCUGAUGGAAGGGAUCUACUGAGCUGGUGGAAGCAACACGAGACCACAUUGCCAUUACUGGCACGUCUGGCCCGCAUGGUCUUCAGUGUCCCGGCCAGCAGCAGCAGCAGCGAGCGUGCUUUUAGCGCAGCUGGAAGAGUCAUAGAGGAAAGGAGGACUGGACUUUCCCCUGAAACGCGCGCACCCCCUCCGACACGCGCGCGCACACUGCUGCUGCCCCCUCAGCUCAACGCUCAUGCCGCGACCGCGCACAGCCACAACAACAGCACGCCUUCUCCGCUAAACCCUGGAUCAAACCCGCCACGCAUCCAUCGCUUCCCCGCCGCCCCCAGCACACCGCAGCCGACACUUCGGGGGGGACUCUCCACUUCGGGAACAGACAAAAGGCACACGGCGGCGCCCGGCCCGCACACGCGUUUUAGUGUCCUGAGCCUGGUUUCUGCUGCUGUCACACUCAGAAUGGCCUCGGUGGUGAACUACGCCGCCCCCUGGUGGGUGAACCUGCUGCACCGCCUGCCACACUUCAACCUAGACUUCCAGAUAGUCAGCAGCGAUUUCCGCCCGGAGGAGCUGGAGUACCAGAAGUCGGUGCUGCUCCUGGGAGCCACUGCUCUCCUGUGCCUGGCCCUGGACCUGCUCUUCCUGCUCUUCUACUCCUUCUGGCUGUGCUGUCGCCGUAGGAAGAGCCAUGACUCGGCCCACUCCCACGGAGGCUCCCAGCCCAGUGCUGACUGCUGCUGCACAGCCUGGUGCGUCAUCAUUGCCACGCUGGUGUGCAGGUGA